UAUAAUGAAGUUGCCACUGCGUGAGGCAGCGCGGUAGUUUCCCACAAUGCAAAAUUAAGGCAGGUUAUUGCGGCCAUGUUAGAACUUCUGGAAUAAGUUGCGAAACUUUUACCAACAAUGGAUUUAGUGGACUAAAACGCAAUGGCGAGUUUAUCAGCUGUCUUCACUGAGGCGGAAAGGACGAACUGGCUGAAGGCGUGGCUGGCAGUUGACAUUGCAAAGUCUGGUUUAGAGCAAUUCGUGGACAUUGAGGCUAAAACUUUACACACCAAUAUAUACAACACUAUCUGGUCUAGAAGUUCGGCGCCAGCCGCGUGUAAAGGUUGUCACACUGCAAAUUUGCUUAAAUGCCCGACACAAGGCGUAUGCAAAAAACAAGGUGCACAUGGCAACUGCACAGCUAUGCAUGAUAAUGCGGCAAAACAACCACGACCAUGUCCAAUAAAUGUGUGUAAUAAAGUCCAUGACGAGAUUGUUAAUCAACAUAUAUUUAGUAAUCCGUCAUGGAAGAAUACAUCGGCUCAACAAUGGGCAAAACAUCCAUGGGAAAUUGCCAAGUGUUAUUUCCCUCCAGACGGAUAUGUUGGAAAAACUUCAGUUCAAGAUACCGACUUCAACGGGCUCAUCAGCUUUAUGAUGAACUGCAAACACUUUAACAACAUGUUUUCAUUCGCCAUAGCUGUAGGAAAACAAAAUCCCCCUUGUCUACUAACAAAGGCGCGAGAGAUUGGCAGAACUGUCCGUCAUUCGUCGCAGUGUAAAGUAACAGAUCCAGACCUCCGGGACAUCUUCACAAUACUGACUAGCCUGCUGAGUGACUCGAAGUGUCUAUCACAUGACGUUACUGCACAAGAGGCUCUGAGGAAAUUAGCAGAGGGAUUUAGUGGACUAAAACGCAAUGGCGAGUCUAUCCGCUGUCUUCACUGAGGCGGAAAGGACGAACUGGCUGAAGGCGUGGCUGGCAGUUGACAUUGCAAAGUCUGGUUUAGAGCAAUUCGUGGACAUUGAGGCUAAAACUUUGCACACCAAUAUAUACAACACUAUCUGGUCUAGAAGUUCGGCGCCAGCCGCGUGUAAAGGUUGUCACACUGCAAAUUUGCUUAAAUGCCCGACACAAGGCGUAUGCAAAAAACAAGGUGCACAUGGCAACUGCACAGCUAUGCAUGAUACUGCGGCAAAACAACCACGACCAUGUCCAAAAAAUGUGUGUAAUAAAGUCCAUGACGAGAUUGUUAAUCAACAUACAUUUAGUAAUCCGUCAUGGAAGAAUACAUCGGCUCAACAAUGGGCAAAACAUCCAUGGGAAAUUGCCAAGUGUUAUUUCCCUCCAGACGGAUAUGUUGGAAAAACUUCAGUUCAAGAUACCGACUUCAACGGGCUCAUCAGCUUUAUGAUGAACUGCAAACACUUUAACAACAUGUUUUCAUUCGCCAUAGCUGUAGGAAAACAAAAUCCCCCUUGUCUACUAACAAAGGCACGAGAGAUUGGCAGAACUGUCCGUCAUUCGUCGAUGUGUAAAGUAACAGAUCCAGACCUCCGGGACAUCUUCACAAUACUGACUAGCCUGCUGAGUGACUCGAAGUGUCUAUCACAUGACGUUACUGCACAAGAGGCUCUGAGGAAAUUAGCAGAGCUGGAACGGGAUACAUUGAGGAUAACCACGGAGGAGAUGAUUCAUCUACUAGAGGCUGCUCAAGAUACACUUAAGUCAGUUGAACACUUUGCCGAUAAAGCUCUGGAUGAGAUGAAGAUGCAUCUUGAACAGUGUAGAAAGGAUCUCAAUGCACAUACGGACAAAUGUAAACAGGAACUUGAUGAGCACGCUGCAAAAUGUACAAAUGCAAUAGAUGAACAUGUGAGCAAGAUGGUUGAAUCGAGCUAUGAGCAAUCGUGUAAAGGUAUUUCUUACUUUAACUUCACUUUAUUUUGCCUAUCAAUAACUGCAAAUGCAUACUACGGAUAAUUCCUCGUGUGUUUUAAUAUGUAUUGUCAUUCUCAGUAUACAUCGUUAGU